AUAUACUCAAGUAUGUGUCGUGUCUUCUCUAAAUAUCUUGUGUUCUCCACUAUGUUCCUUUUCUCGUAUUAAUAUUGUUUCUUCCUUCUCAAUAUAUUUAGAGGUUCAUCAUUCCAAGUAUCAAUGGGUAAAAGAUUCAACGUAAACAAACAAACGGUUAAUGAUUCUCAUGAUCGAGAUAAGUUCGACGAAAGAGAAUUUCAGGCUAGAGUGAUAAUAUGGUUGGCAAGUCAAGAAAUGGAAGGAAGGAAUGGUAACAAAGGAUUGCAACCAACACUAUCUCUUUCAUUGCAACCUCAAGCAUUAUUAAUGCAUGCUUCACAUGGCUUUUCCAUAAAGCGAUCACUUCAAAAUUUCCUUCACAAGAGAAAUAAAAGGAUUCAAGGUCACGUCUCUAUUGGAAGGCCACAUGAUAAUAAUAGUACAACUUAGUGAAAUAAUUUGAGUCCAUUCAUGUCGUUAAUUUGUAGGAUCAAUUGAAGUCUACAGAUGUGUAUUUUACUAUAUUUUUAUUAUGUAGCCAUGACUGUGACAAUUAAGGCACGUUUUUUUUUUAAUUUUAUGAAUGAAGAGCGACACUUUCAUUCUCUACUACUAGAGCAAUGAUUUAUGAGGAAAAUGUGGAUCCGUCGCAUUUAAUAUAUAUGACUUUGAAAAAGUGGAAAAAAUAG